AUGACCACAGUUCUACCAACCGGCAUGACCACAGUUCUACCAACCGUCAACUGCUACGACCACAUUCUAUCAACCGUCAACCGCUACAGCCACAGUUCUAUCAACCGACAUGACCACAGUUCUACCAACCGUCAACUGCUACGACCACAGUUCUACCAACCGUCAACCGCUACGACCACAGUUCUACCAACCGUCAACCGCUACAGCCACAGUUCUACCAACCGUCAACCGCUACAGCCACAGUUCUACCAACCGUCAACCGCUACAACCGCAGUUUUACCAACCGGCGUGACCACAGUUCUACCAACUGUCAACCGCUACGACCACAGUUCUACCAACCGGCAUGACCACAGUUCUACCAACCGGCAUGACCACAGUUCUACCAACCGUCAACCGCUACAACCACAGUUCUACCAACCGUCAACCGCUACAACCACAGUUCUACCAACCGUCAACCGCUACGACCACAGUCCUACCAACCGUCAACCGCUACGACCACAAUUCUACCAACCGUCAACCGCUACAACCACAGUUCUACUAACCGGCAUGACCACAGUCCUACCAACCGUCAACCGCUACGGCCACAGUUCUACCAACCGUCAACCGCUACGGCCACAGUUCUACCAACCGUCAACCGCUACGGCCACAGUUCUACCAACGGGCAACCGCUACGGCCACAGUCCUACCAACCGGCAACCGCUACGACCACACUUGCCAACCUCAGGCAGUUGGUCACCAUGCCAGGGUCAGAUUAUUAAGUAGACCUGUCACAUUUUCAGAGUAACUAGUGCUGGCCAAUUCCUUAUCUCUAAAGCCAUUCCAGGUCAACGAAUCAGAAAAAUCAAAGCAUCUGAAUGACAACCGGGGCAACCAUCAUUUUCGAAACCCGGGUCUGCAAUGGUGGCUUCCAUUGGUUUCUUAUAACGGAUUAUCUUUCAUUUGCCACGAGAAGUCAAAGUGGAUUUUCAGCCUAAGCCUAACCAAUCUUAUAUUUUUUCUUAGCUGCUCGUCUUUGUCUAGGGGUGUGGAGAGCGGAGAUGUAUUCACCUAAUCCUUCCACCGCAAGACCGGUCUCUUCAGGUACUGCACCCCCCAUGGUCCAGCGGGCUACUGUUUCUGACAUCAUCACGCCCAUAAACCCGCUCUGGACGUGAUGACGUCAGGAACAGUCCACCGCUGGACGUGGGGGGGGGAGUGCCGUUUUCCGGAGGAUCGGGUGAGUAUAGGCUCUUUGUUCACACCUAGGCAAAACAACUUUGCAAAAAGGUCAGACUUGCUAGAAGUUAUGUUCUGUUGGGUGCAUGUUACCUCCGGGACUUGGCUCUGUUACUUAUGAGGUUUAUUGCACUUCCGGAGCAUACACCCAGGGCGCGGAAGGAGAAAAGCACAGAGCAACUAUGCCUGCCCCGCCUCUCUGCUACCCAUUCACAGAAGCCUUUGUAUUUUGUAAAUUAGUUCACCUAAUACAAAGGCUUCUGUGAAUGGGUAGUAAGAUAACUGGAACUGCUAUUCCUGCCCCGUCCUCUUACUACCUAUUCACAGAAGCCUUUGUAUUAGGUGAAUUAAUUUACAAAA